AUGUAUUUAUCACAAAGUAAACGUAUCGGUUUUACAGCCAUCAAUAAAAUCUUUGCGAGAAAUUUAUAUAACAUAAAAGAAGUCAAACAGAAGUUGAACUCAUUAGAAGUAGAAUGGACGGAUGAAAAGAAAGUGUCAAACUUUAAUUAUAUUUGGUUACGAGAUAAUUGUCAAUGCCCAUUAUGUAUACAUUCGGAUAAUAAGCAAAAACUUUUUUUAACUUCUCAAAUAGAAUUGGAUAUUAAACCUAUUAAUAUUGAUAAAGAUCAAGAAACUCUCAAAAUAACAUGGUCUUCUAAAUCAGAUUCAUAUCAUCAAAGUAAAUAUCCUUUUACUUUCUUAAGAUCUUUUAAUCAAAAAAAAAUAUUAGAACAUGUAAAAUGGGAUAGCAAUACUAUAGAAUCCAAAAACAUUUGGAUAAAACAUGAUGAAUACAUGAACUCUGACGAGAAAUUUUUCGACUCAUUGAAAACAUUGUGGAAAUAUGGGUUAAUAUUUUUAAAGGAAGUUCCUGAAAAAAGUUGUUCGAUUAAAAAUAUUGUUAAAAGAAUCGGAGCAUUGAAACAUACGUUUUACGGGGAAACUUUUGACGUUGUAUCAGUUCCCGAGGCUAAAAAUAUAGCAUAUACAAAUUUAGAUUUAGGAUUACAUAUGGAUUUAUUAUAUUACGAAGCACCACCAGGUCUCCAAUUCCUUCAUUGUUUCAAAAAUUCUGUAGAAGGAGGUCAUAGCAUUUUUGCAGAUUCAUUUACGGCUGUGGACAAUUUUAAAUCAAAAUACCCACUUGAUUAUUCACUUCUUACUAAGACACCAAUAACGUUUCAUUACAUGAACAACGGUCAUCAUAUGCAUUAUAAUCGACCUAUGAUUGAUUGGGAUCAUUUUAACAAUACAUUUUGUGUGAAUUACGCACCACCAUUUCAAGGACCUAACGAAUCGCUCUUGGAUAAAAAUGAAAAUGAAGUUGUUGAAUUUUAUCAAGCGUACAAUAGAUUUUGUACAUUUCUCGAAGAUCCUAAUUUGAA